AUGACAAUUCUCAACUACUACUAUUUUGUUAUGUCAUCAGAUAAGCCUUCCACGUCUUCUACAGUAACCCAAAAGGAUACUACAGUAACACCUUGUACUGUCUGUGGUGACGUGGCAAAUGGGAAAAGAUACGGUACAUGGGCAUGUCUAGGGUGUAUCGUGUUCUUUCGGAGGACCGUUUUGAGGAAAAUGAAGUAUAAAUGUCAAAGAGAUGGAAGAUGUGAGAUUGCUGUAAAUGAGUUGGACAUCCGGUGGUCAGAGUACGCCUACACAGCAUUUUUUAGAGAUUAUAGAAUGGAUAAGCUUAUUAAGUAUGCAGAAAUGCUACAUAGAGGCAAAUAUUGGAAAAAAAACUUGGAAAUGCUCAGAAUGAUCUUGCUCAGAAUGAUCUAA